GCCAUGCGGGGGGCCAACCAGUCCUCGGCGGCCGAGUUCAUCCUGCUGGGCUUCUCCGCCUUCCCCCGCCUGCGGCUCCUGCUCUUCCUGCUGGUCCUGCUCAUGCACCUGUCCACCCUGCUGGGCAACCUGCUCAUCGUGGCCACCGUGCGGGCCGAGCGCGGCCUCCACACGCCCAUGUACCUCUUCCUGUGCGCCCUGUCCCUCUCCGAGCUGCUCUACACGCUGGCCAUCACCCCGCGCGUGCUGGGGGACCUGCUGGCCGCGCGCCCCUCCAUCCCCGCGGCCGCCUGCGCCGCCCAGAUGCUCUUCUCCUUCGCCUCCGGCUUCAGCCACUCCUUCCUGCUCACCGCCAUGGGCUGGGACCGCCACCUGGCCAUCUGCCGCCCGCUGCGCUACGCCGAGCUCAUGAGCCCGCGGGGCUGCGCCCGCCUGGUGGCCUGGUCCUGGGCUGCGGGGUGGGCCGUGGGGCUGGCGGCCACCGCGGCCGUCCUCCACCUCCCUUUCUGCGGCUCCAACAGGAUCCACCACUUCUUCUGCCACGUGCCCCCGCUGCUGGAGCUGGCCUGCGGGCGGGAGGCGCGGCGGGUGGCCCGGGGCCUGCGCCUGCUGUGCAGCUCGGCCCUGCUGGGCUGGCUGCUCAUCCUGCUGUCCUACGCCCGCAUCGCGGCCACCGUGCUGAGCAUGCCGUCCCCCGCCCGCGGCCGGCGCAGAGCCUUCUCCACCUGCGCCUCCCACCUCACCGUGGUGGUCGUGCACUACGGCUUCGCCUCGGUCAUCUACCUCAAGCCCGGGGGCCCCCGCUCCCCGGAAGGGGACACCUUGAUGGGGCUCACCUACACGGUCCUCACGCCCUUCCUCAGCCCCAUCAUCUUCAGCCUCAGGAACAAGGAGCUGAAGGCGGUCGUGAGGAAGGCCUUGCUCGGCCACGGCCCCUGCGGGGACCCCUGA